AUGAUGAGUGUGCCAUCACUCAGCUGCCUCACGUUCGUCUUCCUGGACUUUAUUCCCUACAUCAGGUGGUUGAUGCGUCCUGCAGCUUCGGGCGAGAAGGGCGUGAAGUUCGGUGGUGGUGGAGACUGCCCUGGUGUUGUACGUGCAGAGGAUGAGAGGCGAGUGAAAGGAGAGGUACCUGAGGAUUUCAUAUCAUGUUUAUCGCAAUUUGAUCAUGUGCUCACAAAAACACUUAAGUGUGCUUUUGAAGCUGUUGGAACGGGGUGCACGAGCAGUGAGAAGAACGUAUUGACUCAAAGAAACUUUACUCUUUUUGAAGAAAUCUUUUUGAAAGACUUCCAGGAAAUUGCCGAAAAAGUUGGUGAGUUUUAUCACAACUUCAUGCGAUCCUAUUUUACUUGAAG